UCAUACCUUCUGGAUGUUGUAGUCGCUCAGGGUGCGGCCAUCCUCGAGCUGCUUUCCGGCGAAGAUCAGGCGCUGCUGGUCUGGGGGAAUGCCCUCCUUGUCCUGGAUCUUGGUCUUGACGUUGUCGAUGGUGUCGCUCGACUCGACGUCGAGGGUAAUGGUCUUACCCGUCAGGGUCUUGACGAAACUAUUAUCGGAGAUCAGUUAGUAUGAUACUCCAAUAUUCUCCUUCUCUCUCGUUCAGUUUUCUUCCUCCGUGUUCGACUGGACUGCUGUGUGUUGUCGUUGGUCGAGAGGGGAAGGGUGAGGCGGUUGGAAAGGUUCGGGAAGACCUACAUCUGCACUGUAAAAUCGCAGAAAAAAAGGGCAUGUUAGUCUUCAUGUUGCACGGAGUAACGGGGAUUCGCGAGAAAUGGAUAGUAAUGGUGAACGUACUGGUUGCGAUUUUUCGUUGUUGCUGGCUGACAAUCGCUAGAAGGUACGCUCGGAGGAGCCGAUGUCAAUUUGAGGAUUUCUCGCUUAGCAAGGGUGGACUGGUCCCCGGCGAUACCCUAAGCCCUAACCUGGUUCUAUUUUCGUCAUCGCCGGACCGCUCGUACUGUUUCGGAGCUCUUCUCCACAGUUUCCCUUCUAGAACAUCAGACAUCAUCAGCAUUCGAUUUUACGUUCAAGCUCUUUACUAAAACAGGCUGUAGUGAUGGGAAUUCCUCUUAAUAUCAAGAGAUCU